CGCUCCGGGGACGCUCCGGGAGAGGCUCCGGCCCUGCUCGGCCCGUCCGCGGGAUCACCCACACAAUGGCCCCGGCGGCGCUGGGCCCCGCGCGCGGCGGUGCGCGGAGGGCCGAGCCGGGUGUCCCUCUCCUCGGGCGCUAUGGACAGGAGCAAGAAGGAGAACUACGCCGCCUACCCCGGCCGCGCUGCCAAGGUUGUUAAUCCCCUUGGGGAUGGCCCCAGACGUGUCCCUGUGUCUCAGCACACUGCCCAGAGCCAGUUACUGACCAGUGGAGCUCAAGCACAACGUGUCCUGUGUCCUGCAAACCUUCCCCAGCGAGUUCCUGUGCAAUCCCAAAAACCUGUGCUGUCAACCCAAAAACUGUGCCAAAACCCAGCAGCGCAGCAGCUCCGACCCAAACAGCCCGUCCAGGCCACUGUGAAGCCUCGAUUUCCGAGCAAGAACAGCGAGAAACCCCAACAGGCUCCAGGGCCUGCAAAAAAUCCUGAAGCAGAAAGCACCUCUAAACAGAAAACUGAAGAGACUGCCAAAAAGAAAAGUGAAGAGACUAAAAAAAGGCAAUGGUCCCUUGAAGAUUUUGAAAUUGGUCGUCCUCUGGGGAAAGGAAAAUUUGGGAACGUUUACCUGGCACGUGAAAAACAGAGUAAAUUUAUUCUUGCACUGAAAGUGCUCUUUAAAACACAACUUGAAGAAGCCGGUGUAGAACAUCAACUAAGAAGAGAAGUUGAAAUACAGUCCCAUCUUAGGCACCCCAACAUUCUCAGAUUAUAUGGCUACUUCCAUGAUGCCAGCAGAGUCUACCUGAUUCUAGAGUAUGCACCUCGUGGAGAAGUCUACAAAGAACUUCAGAAGCUCAUCAAGUUUGAUGAACAAAGAACUGCUACUUACAUCACUGAACUAGCAGAUGCCCUCUCAUACUGUCAUUCCAAGAGUGUCAUUCACCGAGACAUCAAGCCAGAAAAUUUGCUGCUUGGCUCAAAUGGAGAGUUAAAAAUUGCUGACUUUGGAUGGUCAGUGCAUGCUCCAUCAUCUAGGAGAACAACUCUCUGUGGGACACUUGACUACCUGCCUCCUGAAAUGAUUGAGGGAAGAACACAUGAUGAAAAGGUGGAUAUUUGGAGCCUGGGAGUUCUGUGCUAUGAAUUCCUUGUAGGGAAACCACCAUUUGAAGCAGCAACAUAUCAGGAAACCUACAGAGCUAUUUCUAGGGUGGAGUUCAAGUAUCCUCCAUUUGUAACAGAAGGUGCGAGGGAUUUAAUUUCCAAGCUUCUGAAGCACAACCCAUUCCAUCGACUGCCCCUGAAGGAUGUUCUUCUCCAUCCCUGGAUCACAGCAAACUCUACAAAGAUGCCCAGCAGCAGAAAGAGUGAUGUUGCUGCCCCAUCCAAAACGUAGUUUUAGGAGGACCUUAUGGGAUCAACAAGAGGAGUCUUGUACUGUGACUACUGUAAUGCUUACAAAUAGAAAAAGCAGGUCUUGGAAUCUAAUGGCAAUUGGAAUCCUUGUUGUUGUCUUACACUCUAAUUGCAACAUAAAGUUCUUUGACUUCCAGCUGGAGGUUGUGGAAUAUUUAAUAUACUUGAUAUCCAGGUACUUGUGGGCCAGGUUUGAUGUGUUAAGCUGUUCAAGGCUCUUGUGGUCAGUCCUGGUAAUGGUUUGUUGUUCCAACCAGAGGAAGUUGUUGCUUUGGCUCAUUGAACAGUGCAAUAUCCUGGAGGAACCUGCUCCUCGCUUCCUGGGCUGCUAAGGGUGUCUUAACUGUGGUGUAACCUGAGACUGAGAGAGUUGAUGAAUGCAUUUCUCAAGUGUUUUAAAAAUGAUGUGUCAGUUAUUUUUUUGUCUCUAGUUUGUUUUCAAUGUGAGCACUCAACUUUGAAAUAAAGAUUUGUUACACUGCA